UCACCUUCCCCUCUCGCGCUCACUCUUGUUCCUUUCUUCUUCAAAACCUCUCACCACCGUAAUAGAAAAUGUCACCGCCGAAACCGAAACGUAGCUUCCCUCCGAUAUCGGAAUGCAACGGAAAAACUUCCUCAUCUUCGCCGCGUGAAUCUGUUGCCGCUGAUCUCGAUGGCACGCUUCUGAUUUCGAGAAGCUCUUUUCCUUACUUCAUGCUUGUCGCCGUUGAAGCUGGUAGCCUCCUCCGUGGCUUCAUCCUUCUUCUCUCCCUUCCGUUGGUUAUCAUCGCUUAUCUCUUCAUUUCUGAAGCUCUCGGUAUUCAGAUACUUAUCUUCAUCUCUUUCGCCGGUCUCAAAGUUCGUGACAUUGAACUCGCUUCACGCGCUGUUCUUCCAAGGUUUUAUGCUGCGGAUGUACGGAGGGAGAGUUUCGAGGUGUUUGAUAAGUGUAAACGGAAGGUAGUGGUGACUGCGAAUCCGACGGUGAUGGUGGAUGCGUUUGUGAAGGAUUAUCUCGGCGGGGAUAAGGUUUUGGGAACGGAGAUCGAGGUGAAUCCGAAGACGAAGAAGGCGACUGGAUUUGUGAAGAAGCCCGGUGUGCUUGUUGGAGAUUUGAAGCGUUUGGCGGUUGUGAAAGAGUUUGGUGAUGAAGUGCCUGAUAUUGGACUUGGAGAUCGUAAAACUGAUCAUGAUUUCAUGUCUAUUUGCAAGGAAGGUUACAUGGUGCCACCAAGCAAAUCAGCAAAACCAGUCCCACUAGAGCGCCUCAAAAGCCGACUCAUCUUCCACGACGGUCGCUUUGUACAACGUCCAGACCCACUCAACGCCAUCAUCACCUUCGCAUGGCUCCCCUUCGGCUUCAUCCUCUCCAUCUUCAGAGUCUACUUCAACCUCCCUCUCCCUGAACGCAUUGUCCGCUACACCUACGAAUUACUUGGCAUCAAGCUCGUAAUCCGUGGCAACCGUCCUCCACCACCAUCACGAGGAACCCCUGGCAACCUCUACGUCUGCAACCACCGCACCGCCCUUGACCCCAUUGUCAUCGCCAUUGCCCUUGGCCGUAAAGUCUCAUGUGUUACUUACAGUGUAAGUAAACUCUCCCGCUUCCUGUCACCAAUCCCCGCUGUUGCCCUCACCCGUGACCGUGCUGCCGAUGCUGCCAGAAUCACUGAAAUUCUCGAAAAGGGUGAUCUUGUUGUGUGUCCAGAAGGCACAACUUGUCGUGAACCGUUCUUGCUACGGUUCAGUGCUCUGUUUGCCGAACUGAGCGAUAGGAUUGUGCCUGUAGCUGUUGAUUGUAAGCAGAACAUGUUCUUUGGAACCACUGUUCGAGGAGUCAAAUUCUGGGAUCCUUAUUUCUUCUUCAUGAAUCCUAGGCCUGUUUAUGAGAUUAAUUUCCUUGACCGGUUACCAGAAGAGAUGUCUGUCAAGGCUGGUGGGAAAUCUUCCAUUGAGGUUGCUAAUCAUGUGCAGAAGGUUUUGGGUGAUGUGCUUGGUUUUGAGUGUACUGGGUUGACAAGGAAAGAUAAGUAUUUGUUGCUUGGAGGAAAUGAUGGGAAGGUGGAGUCCAUGUAUGGUGGCAAAAAGUGAAGGAAAAAUUACCACAAAUCAACUCCUUUUACAACCAACUAUCACUAAAAAUUUGGUGCAUUAAGCAUAUAUAGCUUAAUUAGUAAGUCUGAUUCAAGAAUAUUAAACCAUUUGAAUUUCAGAGUUUGGGUUUUGAAGAUUGGAAUUUGAGUACUACUAGUACGAUUUUUAUCCAAAUGAAUUGCAUAAUUUUUUGGAAAGUAACAAAUCCAGAUUCUUUUUAAGUUUCUUCAUCUGGCUUAUUUUUGUCUAUCACAUUAUUCAUCUUAUCUCCCUGCUUCUUUUUUUUUUCUCUUCUUUCUUUAUAUCUCCUCAUUUUUUUGUAUUUCCCUCCUUAUCACACUUGAUACUUGAUAGUAGUAACAGUGUUGAAUUCAGUGAAAAUUAAUUGUGGAAGUUGAAUUUUCCAGAACAAUGAGAAGACUUGAUUCUCUGAUUGUUUGGAAGAGUUAAGCAAGAAAUUUAGUUGCUCUUUUGGUUAUUAGAACCUUGUUUGAUGGAUUAGAAAAAUGUUUGAUUAAUUAGUUAGCAAAUAGAAAUUGGUGUUUUUGAUGUGGGUGGGAUUGUAUAAUGGAUUACAAAUGAUUUAAUCAUUUAGAAUGUUGCAAACUAUCUAUAAUAUAGCUUCUUAGUUUGAUGGUCGCUUA